AUGGAUACAGCAGCUCUUGAUGAUGAUGAUGUACAGAUUGUUAAAGUUAGUCCUUCAAAGAAACCAGUUACCUGGGUAUCAUCUUCAUUUGAUGACUUUGGAUUUGAAUCUUUAUCCUCUCAGAAGUCAUUUUCCGCUCCAAAAACUAGUGUAAAGUCCACUAAUCAAGAGAGGAAAGGAUUUACAGUUUCCCAAAGUUCAAUUUACAAAUUUGCAACGGAGAACAAAUCUCUUAAAAGGCCAAGACAGCAGCAUGUACAGCAGUCAAGCCAGUAUUUCAGCAGUCCAACUGCCAAACUACUGAAACCAGCAGUCAGCCUUGAACUUUGGUCAGAGAAACAUAAGCCAUUGUCCAGGGCAGACUUAGCUCUUCAUAAGAAGAAGAUUGAAGUAGUUGCAGACUGGCUGGCUCAAAACUCAGAAAAUGUCACAAAGCACAAAGCCCCUAUUUUGCUACUGACUGGCCCACCAGGAGCAGGCAAGACAGCCUGUAUUCAUGUCUUGUGUACGGAACUAGGUAUAGACAUUCAGGAAUGGUCCUGCAAUGCUGAGCAGUCAGCUGACCAGUGGUCAGAUGGUAGUUUUCAAGCUGGAGAAAGAUCCAGUGUGGAUGUGUACAUGAGCCAGUCCCAGACAUCCCUGUUCCACAAUUUCCUACUGAGAGCAAACAAGUACCAGGCACUGGACUUGUCAACAUCACUGCCCAGCUUAGUUAAGCAGCCAUCAACAGAAUUAAACAGUAAGACUACCAGAAAGAAAUGUGCAGUUGUUGUAGAAGAUCUUCCGAAUAUCUUCUUCAGGGAUGCCCAGAAAUUCCAUGAAAUUCUCAGAAACUACCGCUACAGUGGCCACUGUCCGCUGGUGUUUAUCAUCAGUGAUACAAACAACAGCUCAGGAAGCAUACAGAAACUAUUUCCAAAAGAUCUUCAGUGUCAGCUAAACAUUACAAAUAUCAGUGUGAAUCCAGUAGCCCCAACUGUUCUUAUCAAGUUGUUACAGGGAAUUGUUAAUAAGGAAACUAGAGAGAGCAAGUGGACAGCUCCAAAUGCAGCAGUGAUUGAAGCAAUAGCCUCGUCCAGCUGCGGUGACAUCAGGUCAGCCAUCAACACCUUACAGUUUGCCUGCAGAACAGAUACCUCAGACCUAAAAGCAUUAUAUCCAGCAAGUGCGACAGCAAAGAGGAAAAACAAAAGCUCAUCAACAAAGUCACGAAGUGAGUCUGGUAGUGGAGCUAGUAAAGAAAACAGUCAGUCAGGCAGCAGCCACGGAUUGCUUGGUGCGAAGGACACAAGUGUGUUUCUCUUCCACGCAGUUGGCAAAAUCCUCUAUUUCAAAAGAGGAGAUCCUAAGGAACAUCCAAAUCAUGAGAAUCUUCCACCUCACUUAAAGGAGUAUGACAGAGAUCCUCUGCUGUGUGUACCAGAGGAUGUGGUAUUCAAGUCUAAUCUAUCUGGAGAUUAUUUUAACUCAUUUUUGCAUGAGAAUUAUGUGGAGUUUUUGUCAUCUGUGGAGGAUCUAGAGAGGGCAGCACAGUACUUCAGUGACGCAGACUAUUUAUCUUCAGUUUGGACAGCAAGAGAAGAGCUGCAGAAGUAUUCUGUUUCUGUGGCGACACGGGGUUACAUCCAUUCCAAUUCUGAGUUCAGCAGACAUGACAGCAGUGGCAGAAAGAUGGGCUGGAAGCCGCUUCAUAAAUCUCAGUGGUUUGAUGUCAGCAAGCAGGCCAGUGCAAAUGUGACCUCGGCCAGGCAGCUUUUUAAAGGUUAUCACUGGGAACCAGAGGUCUUGUGUACCGAAAUCCUGCCAUUUAUCAGUGUGACCAAUCCUACCCUGCAUGAUACAGGUCAGAUAGCUUUUGUUCAAGAGAUGACUCAGUUUUCUCAGAGAAAAGCGGUGUUCAGGCCACACUCUGAAAGACUGGAUGAAAGAGAUGUUAUUGCAGAUGCCGAGAACAGUGUAGACUUGAAAACCAGUUUCAGAAUUUCAAUCAGGAAUGCAAAAUGUUACAAAUGA